GAGCAUAGAGUAAAAUAAUAAAUAAAUGGAGCAGUGUAAUUUUUUGACUUAGUGCAUUGUUCGUGUUAUUUAUUUUACUUUUAUUGAAUUUUAUUAUGAGUAUCCUUAUGUUAAUUUAUCAAGAUCAAAGUAAAUAAAUGUCAUGUAUUUUCAUACAACUUUGUUAAAAUACGUUAAUUAAAAUACAAAACAAAGCUUAAUUUUAAGUACUUGUCAUCCAAUCAUAUGUUAGUAAUUAACGAUGUCAUGUCACUGUUUGUUUACUAAUGACAAUUUCGUGAAAGUAAAGUGAAUUUCAAAAGUUUUCGUGAUGAAUACUACGGAUUCAGUUGAACAGACAUCAUCUAAGCGACAGGAAAAUGGCGACGCCCCCACUGGUCCAGAUCGCCCACUUAAGAAAGCACGAUUUGCAUGGCAAGUCAAAGGAAAACACCACUUGAGGAACCAUGUUUCGGAGCCUUCAUCAAGUUUGACUGGUGAUAUCCAAGCUGCCGGACCAUCUUCAAGUCCUGAUGUUACUUCAGGACAUGUUAUAGAAAAUGCUGAACAAAAUAUGGACAUAUUAGGGGAUUAUUCUCUAAAACAAGACUUUUAUACUUUAAAUUCUGUGAUUGCAGACACUGAGACGCCUUUAUUAGAAGCGAUACCAAGUAUUCCCACUGAUAACUUGCCAUAUCCAAGCUAUGUUAGUUCUACUAAGAAGUUUUAUAUAUCUGAGGAGUAUGAAAAUGACCUUGGUUCAAUACCUAUGUCCAUGCUGUAUAAAUAUAGCUGCAGAGAAAACCAGUGCAUUUCACGUUGGCAAGCAAAGCAGAUGGCUAAUGGUUUUGUAGACAAUACUAUAAACCGCAUAUUGGAGGCAUGGGCUAGUCCUCCUCUGAAUGAGCCCAGAGUUCGUGCACUCGAGGCUGCUGAUUACUUUAACAAUCUGCCUGGGUAUAACAGUGUUGAAAAUGAAGGAAUACUCAUGGCAAUAUCUGCACAUGGCUUACAAAGUGCAUCAUCGUCAUCAGAUUCCAGUAGCGACAGUGAUGAGACAGAAAUUAGUGAAAAUGGGUAUAAUAAGAAUAUGCUUAUGUUAAAUCGUAACAAUUCCCAUCCACUGUCUAUUCCUUCAGACGAUAAUUACCAAUCACCACCUCAGUCUCCGCCAUCCUCAAAAUCUUUCGUGAGAAGGCUAUCUGAGGACAAAACUGCUUGGCCUUAUCCAAAAGAGGAGAACAGUGAAGAUAAUGAACUCGCAGAGUUAACCCUCUACAAUUCAUCAGAACAAUAUUGCGAUGGAAAGAAUCAGAGUUCUCCUAUUCGUGAAUAUAAUGAUAGUUUUACUCAUUUUGAUUUCAUGGACACUGCUGUAUCAUUUGCCAUUUUAAACAAAGGUCUAACCACUUUUGGUAAUGACUGAGUAAGUCUAAGGGUAAAACUGUGCCCCAAAUAAAAUGUGAUUAGAUAUUGUAUCAUAACAUGGGGCAUGUUCCUUAUUUGUUGACUGAAAAUGCAAUGUUUAUGUAAAUCACCAAUUCAAUUUUAAUCCUUUGAUGGUCAAUAGCAGUUUUUAUGAAUAUUAUUUACAAUGCAGUUAACCAUUAGGAUGGUACCAGUUUAUACCAGUUACAAAAGGCACUCAAAGGGUUAAUUUUGUGUUCGGUUUAAUAUUUUACACACUCAAAUUUUAAUUUUUUUUAAUUAAAUAUUUGUAUAAUCGAGCAAUGUACUUCUAUAUAAUAAGACAUUAUUAAGCACAAAAUAUUAUCUACCUAGAUAACAAAUAUGUUACAUAUUCAGUAGGUCUAUAUUUUAAGAUUAUUCAGUAUUCAUUUUAUUUUAGUGACAUAUUAUAACAACCACUUAAAUGUAAAUAUGAUUGGAAACUGAAUAAUUGUGUGAUUUGUGAUAUUUGUAUUGUAAAAAAAUCAUAAAAAAUGGUAGAGUACAAAAGUUUCAGUUAUGAAACAUAUCAAGUGACUGAGUUUUGGGCACAGGGAAUUUCAUUAGGCCAAUCAUUUAGUGUUAAGGGAUAUUUACUAAAGUACAUAGUUUACACUAAAAUUGCUGAAUUUUUUGUUGGUUAUUUUAUAAUAGUAUUCGUAUCAAUUCAUUCCAUUGACCUAAUUUAAUAAAAUUGUUAAUCAGUAUACUGAUUAUUUAGUUCAUAUGCUGCUGGUCAGUUUAUUAAUAAUGAUGUAAAGCAAAAUAGUUCCACAAUUAUUAGUGUUUGUAUUUAUUAAAAUUUCAUCUUAACGUUGUUUUGUGAUGAUAAUAUAUGUAUCUUCACAGUUCCAGUAUGUCCAAGGGGUCAAAAAAACAAUAAAAACCAUUAGUCAUAUUGCUAUAUGACAUACUAGAGGCCGCCCGCGACUUCGUCCGCAUGGAAACCCUAUCAAUCCCGCGGGAACUCUGGGAUAAAAAGUAGCCUAUGUGUUAUUCUGGAUCUUCAGCUACCUACAUACCAAAUUUCAUGGUAAUCGGUUCAGUAGUUUUUGCGUGAAAGAGUAACAAACAUCCAUACAUCCAUACAAACUUUCGCCUUUAUAAUAGUAGUAGGAUUAACCAUUUCGACAUUAAUGAAUAAUUUUAAUUUAGUCCAUGUGUCAUAAUGUCCAAAAUUUUCAAUAUAAUUAUAGCAAUCAGUAACUAAGUUAUACUAGGUUUUACCACCUAGUUACUUCAGAGAGCGGUCACCCUAAUAUCACAAAUGAACUUUUAUGUGCAAGUGAUUAUUAGGUUCAAUAUUCCGGCUUGGCGUCGCGUCGGGUCGGAACUCCGGAUGAAUCCAACGUAAUUGCAAUAAGUCUUAAUAUUUCCAAUAUUUUUUCUGGUCACCCGUCCACUUGGCAUUAAGUUAAGAAAAAUUGCUACUUUAGAAAUCAGCAUAGAUAUUUUUUAUUUACUGCAAUAAGUAAUUUUUUUAAGUCUAUGACUGCAAUAUAUGUACAUUUGCAAUAGGGGAACGCAAGGAUUUCUUUGUCUGAUAACAUUGUAAAUAACGAAAAAUAUAUGUUUUAAUUAUAGUAUAGUAGGUAUAGUAAAAAUGUAUGCCAUACUGACAUAAAGUCAAUAAAAAAGAUACU